UUCUUUGCCUCCCUUUUGGUCCUCUUGGUAAAGUCAAAUUAUUAUUAUUAUUAUUAUUAUUAUUAUUAUUAUUAUUAUUAUUUGUUUCUCCAAACUGAGGUUGUUCCAGGUGUUUUCUACAACAGGUUAAGAAACGUUUGACAGAAUCCCUCUUCCAAAUGUCUGAACUACAACUUUCUGUAUCUGACUUCAUUUUUGUUUGUGCUUCUCAUUUAAAUCUAAAUAAUUUUCCGAUAUUUUUAUUAUCUGCUGUAUGUUCACACAUGUGAAAGGUUUUAGUUUUAGGUCUUCAUGUAUAGUUACUGUGUGACCUUUAGAAAUCUGUUUAUCCAUUUGCUAACACUUCACAAUAAAGGUUCCGUAUUAAUGUUACUUGGUGCAUUAUUAAGCAUUAAUAAACAAAAGAUCCCUUUUUAAUGUUCCCGAUAAUAGUGACUAUUAAGCGACCUUAAAGUUAGGACAAAGGGCCAGGGCGGUGGUGUCUGCUUAAUAAUACAUUACAUAAUAUCAUUUAAUACUUUAUUUAUGCUUAAUAUUCCCUUAAGUAAUGUUAAUGAUGGGAUCCUUAUUGUAAAGUGUCAUCUUCAUGUGUAUUUUUUUCCAUUUAGAAUGUUUUAUUUUGCUUUAGUAUUUUUUUGUGUUGUUUCUUCUAGUUUUUAUUAUCGUCAGGCUACUUCUGAUCCCUUUACCGUUUCAUUCUGUAUGCUACUUACAUUUACCGCCCCCUGCUGGUUUACCUGAUGUACUGACCUGCUCUGUUUGCCCUGAGCUGAUCCUGAAAUCACCUUUUGCUCAUUUUUAUUACACCCUCUCACUCUUUAUCCACCCCUCGUUCCUUAGUGGACCAGAAUCUUGGCCCUUUUCUCUCGUUCUUGUUUUUCAGUUUGUUUCAGGUUUUCAUUUUGGAGGAGAAAGUCUUCAGCGUCUUCAGAUGAAGAUGAUAAGUUCUUCCUGACCAACACUCGACCUAUGACCCCUCUGGUCCUGAACCCUGUUGGUCUCACCUCCUGUUGGGAGGAUUCUUCACAAACCGAUGACUCGGCUGUUGUCAUGGAAACUGACCUACUUCUGCGACUUCCGACGCCAGAGGAGAGGAUGAGGCAGCAGGCAGAGGCGAUUGGAGCGGAUAUAGUUCCCAUCAAUGUAACAGGGGAAAGUUUUGAUCGCCAGGCCAGCUUUCGGAGAACCCUCUCCAAUUCUGACUCGCUGAGUCGACGACCUCGUAAACUGAGUCGCCGAAAAACCGUCUCUGAGACACCAGAUGAUGUCAUUCCCAAGUCUCCGGCCUCUGUGGUUCUCCCUGGUCAGUUCUCCACAGUGGGCCGAUCCACCUCCUUAUCCUGCACCUCCUCACAGGAAUCCCAAAACAAGCAGGAGGACACAGAGGACAGGGCAAAUCUCCUGAAGGAGGCGCAGAUGUCCGUGAGGAAGAUUCGGGCUCCAAGAGGAGAGGGCUUGUCCAGCCUCAUGGCCUCCCUCACCUCCUCCCCUCGUGUCAACAAGCAUCAUGUCUCCUCCUCUGAGGUCUACAGCCUCCCCCGUCUGGCCACCAACUCCUCCCUGAGCACUGAGGUCAGCUAUAACAGCGCCUCCUACAGGACACUCAGCACCUCCUCAUCCAGCCAAUCUCAGGAUCUACAGGGUUUCCCUAGCGACCUUCAGCCCCUGCUGCCCUUUGACCCCAGUGCCAGAGUGGAACCUCAGUCUCCUUCUUCCUCCCCAGCCAGCUCCUCCCUCCCAUCAGAGUGGUCUUAUCUCAACAGUGUUCCCUUCAAUGAAGCUCCACCCUCCCCCUCCCACUGCCUCUCCUCCUCCUCCUCUAUCACUGAUUCAGUUAGUCACGGAGUUCCCGACAUCCAGACCUUCAUCCAGAGGACUUCCCAGAGCUUUUAUGAUGGUGACUCCAGAAACGAGGAGGGGUGGAGCUACCAGGCUCUCUCCUCCAGCUCCAGCAUCCACAGCAGCAUCACUCAGGAUACCAGAUGUUCCUCAGAAGAGGGCUGGAACUGUGAUCCUCUCAUCUUCUCUGGCCGCUCCACCCCCUCCUGCCCUGACGGCGCCUUCCUUUUUUCAGAGAAGAUAAACUUCUCUCCCCAAGAGAAAAGGAAGUCCAGCACCUCCUCGCUGUACUCCCGCUCUGUCGCUCGCAGCAUCUCUCUACGGAAGUGUAAGCAUCCGCCUCCUCCACCAACACGUCUGGACUCUCUGAGGCGCCGGUCUGGUCGCAGCAAAGCCUGCAGGUCUUCACCAAGUCCUCGUCUGGACCGCAGCCCUCGAGUGAAUCACACCAGCGUACACACUCCCACCCAACCUCCCCAAACGUUCAGCGACCCCUGGGUUCCCCGAAGCAUCAAAAGAAGGCAGAGUAGUCUGAACUGUGGGACGGUCUCAACUUUUGAGCCUUUAGAUCCAAACCCUAACUCAGAACCUUCUGUUGACUCCACAUCCAACACCGACCCGACAAGCCCUGAUCACCUCCACGUUCUCCUCCCUGGAUCUCCUGGUCUAAAGGGUGAAAAUCUGACACUCAGUCUGCACCAGCCGACUCCUGACUCCUCUGUGUCUGGGUAUCACCACCUUGCCUCUCCCUCCAGCGGCUACUCCAGCCAGUCCAACACUCCUACUCCUGGAACUCCCGUGUCUUCUCCUCUCAGCCCCUCCUCCCCUGGAGCCUUCUCCCUGCCUCCGACCUCCCCCUUCUUUACUCCAUGUUCAUCGUCCUUCCCUUUGCCUCUCAACACCUCCUCUCUUCCCAGGACCAGAUCUCGUGGUGAAGGAAGGCCCAAACCUCCAGUCCCACAAAGAAAGUCAUCACUCCUCUCCUCCCUUUCCUCCUCAUUUUCAUCCACUUCCUCCCUUUCCUCUUACACAUCCUCUGACUCUUUAGCCAGGCAUAUUCCUACUCUUCCUCCACCACCCCCUCCCCCUUCUCUUUCUGCUCCUCCAAAAUCUACUCUUCCCAUGCCUCCACCUCUACCACCUCCUCCUCCUCUUCCACAACAUAAUACUCCUGCUCCUGAACCGGCUACCUCAAACCUUCCUUCACCCGUACCUCCACCUCCUCUUCCACAGUUUGCCUCUUGCAUUUCUCCUCCCUCUGCUCCUCCCCUCCCUCCUCUAUCUUUUAACAAAAAUCCUCCUCCUUCUCCGCUUCUUGCUCCAGAUUUAUCUCUCCCUGCACCACCUCCUCUACCCCCCUCUGCUCGACCCCCUCCUCCACCCUACUCCUAUGCUGUAAAACGGAGUUCCCAUCAUACGCUGGUUUCCAGAGCAUCUACACCAUCUAAUCCCAAUCUUCCCUCCCCAUCUGACCUUCCUCCACCUCCACCACCACCUCCUCCUCUUCCCUCCCUCCUUGGUAUCUCUCAGAGGCCUCCCUCUCUCCUAAUCACCUCUGGAGCUUUGCAGAGCACCAAGCUCCGUUCUGUUAGGAACCGGGAAGUCUUACGACAAGUCAGUGACCCGAUUGACACCAGUUAUCUAACAGGGGUUCGCAUCUCCAUUGAAAAUGCUAACAAGACUGAAGAUGCUCAAGUGGACUUUGUUGAACAGGAGGAAACUCAUCAAGAUUCUAAGCUUUCAGGACCAACAGUAGAAGAUGGGAUCUGCAUCGUGGCUGGCAGUGAAGCAAGUCCUCUAGAGACUAAUCCAGUCAGCGUCAAGAUCAAACACCAGAAACCCAACAAAAUAAAACCCGAGACCUGGAAUGGAGUUCAUGAGUCAGCUGAUGCUAACCGCCAAGGCUCAGCUAACCAGGAAGACCAGAGUAACAAAGAGAUGUCGCAAAAUACCAAAUCCACAGGACGACAGCAGGAGGAAGUUAUGUUUUCCACUCUGCUGAAUGUUCAGGUUUGCAGUCCUGAUUGUCCCUGGGUGAAAAUGGGUCAAGAUGCUGAUUAUUUUCAUGUUGGCCCCAAUGUUCAGGUUCCUCUUCCCGAACGACCCCUGGUGGGAGCUGAGAUUAAAGAUCCUGAAGAGCAACGGAGAGAAAAGCAACGGAAAAGAGAAGGAGAAGCCAAGAAAUCACAAAAUCAGGCUUCAGCUGAUGGAGGUUCAACAUUUUCUUAUGUGAAGUCAAGUAGUCCAGGGAGGUCCUGCUCCCCAAAGAAACCAGUUCCACCAAAGAAACCUGAUCUGAACCUUCUUGGUCUCUCUGCACCCCCCAAGGUCGGAACAGAACCAGGGCCUUCUCCUGAGCUGACCAGCCAAACACAGCUUCCCAUUAGUUCCUUCUACACGACUUCAUACACCUGUUUGACUAAUGGUCAACCAUCUCCAAAGCACUCGCCAAGCACUUCCAACAAAUCAGCAACGCCCAGAAGUUCGGCGAGCUCCACAGACUCACCUACCAGCUCGCCUGUGAAGCAGAAACCACAGAUUCUGCAGAAGCCAGAUGGUUCAGUGACCUACCUCAAAACAGAAAAGAUGCUCCUCACAUCUAAAACCGCAGGAGAGGCUUUCAGAUGGACCACAGAGACCAGCGGUGCGUCUCCAACUCUGACUUCCACUGGAAUCAGGGACAAUAUGAAUACCACGGGAACAACAAGAGCUAGACACACGGAGACGUUAGAGACCAUGGGUACCCACGAGACCCAAAACCCAUCAGGGUUCACAGGAAUGGAUCAUAAACCUUCUUCCAUCUGGACCAGAGGAGAUCUGUCCUGUGGGAGAAUUGUAGAGACCAAACUUCUGGAUGAGGGGAAGACUUCUCAUAGGAGGAUGAUGAGGUCUUCAUUGGCUGAAGAUGAAGAGGAAAAUGAGCAGCGAUGGGUGGAAGAGCAAGGGACUAUGACAGCCGUGAUGGUGGUGUCCAACAAAACAAACAAAGUAAAGAAGAGAAGAAAGAGGAGGCUGGGCAGACAAACGCUGAUGAUGUCAUCAAAAAUGGAGCCCGCUCCCUUAUCAUCAUCCUCAUCAUCAUCUUCAUCAUCAUCAUCUUCAUCCUCAUCAGAAGAUGAGCACGAUGUGAAAAGAGACAGGAAUGAGAGGCUGAGACGUAUCAGAAGGUGUCAUGAAGAGACAAGUGACUCCGAAAGCUCCUGCUCUCUGAUUGGUCGGAGCAGGUUGUCCCUGAGCAGUGUCCAGUCCACCGAUAGCCUGCAGGAGGAGCUGUCGCUGCCCGACCUUAGGAUUAAAGAACCAGAACACGAAGAGGGGGACAACGAAGCCCAGAGGAGAGACGAGGAAUCCAGAAGACCUUCAGAUGCUGAUGUGUUCGUCGGUGUUUCAGCAGAUCAGAUGUUGGUCUCGGCUCGCCCUCGGACCACAGAGGAUCUGUUUGCCAUCAUUCACAGAUCAAAGCGGAAGAUGCUUGGGAGAAGAGGUUUAGAAGAAGAGAAACACGUUGUCUCCUCCUCCUCGCCUUUGGAGACUCCCCCCGAACCCCCGUCCCAGCUGAUCCGACCUCCAGCUUUCAGGAGUCGAAGAUCAGCGAGGAGUGAGAGCUUCAAGGCGCUCCUCCUGAGGAAGGGGAGUCAGAUCAAUUCUUCAUCGCAAAUCUCUGCGGUGGAGCGACUUUGCGUCCUCCAGGCUCCUCCUGCUGAUCUCCAGAGAUCCUCUCCUCCAGCAACACACCAGUUAGGAGCAGUUCACCCCUCCCAGAUCCGGGAGAACACCGGGAAUCCGCUGACCCCUGACCUCCCUGACACUACUACAUGUCAGAUCUCUAUGAUGUUGGGAUGGAGUCACCAGGAUCACCUCCUUGUUACCUCCACCUCUUCCUCUCCAGUCUUCAUCUUCUCCUCCUCUCACACGCGCCCUCGCUCCCUGACGCCUCCCUGCUCCUCCAGCCGACGUUUUGCCUCCCGCUUCUUCUCUGCCCCCAUGACAGCCAUCUUUGAAGGGGAGGAGGAAGAUGAGGAGGUUUUCAGUGAGUCACCAGGAGGUGAAGAAGACUCACACCUGAGGCUGGUCCAGAUCUCCUAAAGUACUCAGAAUGUUUUAAAACUGGACCUGAAACAAAUGGAGCCUCCUCAUGGAGAUGACUGAGCAAGAACGGCCUGGACCUUAGCAUAACGGACUGGACUGGACUGGAAUGACUGGACCAACUCAUCUGUAGAGAGACCACCAGGUGUUCCAUCGGUGUGGUACCUGCAGAGAACCUCUCUGUGUUUUACUCCUCUGGGUUCUUUAUGAUCUUUGAUCUUCUGAAAGAGAACCAGCUUGAUCUGCUUGUUUUUCAGUUUCUGACCUCUAGGUUGCCGACUAUUUUGCACUUUACUGUCUUGUAGUCAGACUCUUGAUCUUUUCUAACUAUGAAACAAAAGUUCAUUUUUUCAUAAAACAUAAAAUUACAUUUCCAAUAUUCAUCAUAAUAAUUUCGCUGAAAGUCUGGAACCACCAGAACCAUCAUCUGCUGGAAGCAGAGCUGAGGCUCCUAAACCAGACCACCCCCAAAGAUGUAGAACGUCUGGAGGGAGCUUGGAGUCAAGCUGCUGCUCCUCCUCAUCAAAUGGAGGUGGUUCUGAUUCAGAUGCCUCCUGGUUGUUCCAGGCACUGGGAGGAGAUCCUGAAUUCCUUGUUAUCUCUACAUAUCUUGGAACACCUUGGAAUCCACCAGGAGGAACUGGGAGGUGUGGGUCUUCCUCCUGGACCUGGCACCUUCACGACCCAAUAAACUGAUGGAUUUUAUAUUUAACACUUUCCCACAACUUUCAUUAAAUUUUCUGCAAACUGUAAAGAACUUUUUAUCUUUAUUUAUAGUAAAAACAUAAAGUUGCUUCUUGUUAUUAAUAAAAUCUUGUAGCUUUAAAUAAUAAGUUUAAAUCAGAUGUUUUUAUAUUAAAGAUUACAGUAAAAUUUAUGAAAACACACUUAGAAUUAUUGAUAUUUUAUUCCUUUUAUACAUCAUUUCAUAUUCAGAUUAAAAUAAAUCAAGAUAAUGCUGAGAAAAUGUCACCAACUCUUUUUGCCUCGGUUGUUGCUCCUGGUUGCUUUCAGGGAUCUCCUGUUCUGCUCUGCUGCACCAACAGAAACUUUAUCCUGUAAAUAAUAUUUCCUCCUCCUCUCUCGUCUUAUUUUCAUCGUCCUACCAGAUUCCCGCGCUGGGUUCGUGUUUUUAUUGGUAGCGUUUUGAACUUGAAAUGUCUAAAAAUAGACAAUAGUGAGAUCAAUAGGAGCAGAUUUAUCUUCUCUGUAGGAGAUCAAAGUUUUUCACUGUAACAUGAAAAGUCACUGUGAGAGACGAAAAGCAGGUGUGUGAUGAAUCAGGUGGAGCUGAAAGGAGAUGGAGAGGAAAUAAAUGGAAAAAUGAUGAUAAAAGUGAAUUAAAGCAAUAAAGAACAAAA